GAAAAAGCUAAUAACAGAGCCUCGUUUUCGCCCCCUCUCCGUUUCUUUAUUUUCCGAACAAUCCAUCUUCAUCUCUCUCUUCCCUACGGUGGCAUCUCUCCUCUUCUUGCGGCUCGUUUGUAUCCUUUGUCGCAACCACCGCCACCACGCCCUGUCAGAAGGAGUCUCAGCUGUCUCGGCCUAUCCAUACACACCAUCCAUCGUCUGCCGGUCUUACUUGCUACCAGCCUCUCUUGUCUCGUGCGCGCAUUUAUUUGUUGUCGCCGUUGACGUGAUCCAAAAAGUUUCCGUCCGAGGGCAAUUUGUCCUCUUCCUACAACUCUUCUUUAUUUUUGCACCGCCAUAACUUGUCACCAUGGGCUGGACCGUUGGUAACUUCAUUGCCCUCGCGGUUGUUUUCGCAGCGCUGGCCGUCGUCAGUACGGCCCUGCGCUUCUGGGCCAGAUCACACACCAAGGCCAGAAUUGGCCCUGAUGACUACUUUGUCAUUCCGGCGCUGAUUGGUGUACUUGGUAUCGCAGCCACAAUGAUUGCUGGUACCCAGUUUGGUGAGAUGGCACAGCACCAAACCAACGUUAUGGGCCCCAAUGGUCCUGUCUACACACCACAGCUCCGUGCUUAUGAAAUUUGCAACUACAUUCUCCAGUUGCUUCCCUUGCUCUCGCUUGGCUUCAGCAAAAUCUCCGUCCUCUUCUUGUACCGCCGCCUCUUCCACAUUCACCCACGCUUCAUGAUUGUCAAUGCCGUCCUCAUGGGUCUCGUCAUCACCUGGGCCGUGUCCUUCUUCUUCGUCACGGCCUUUCAGUGCAAGGACCCCGCAUCACUCUGGGCUCUGUUCGAAUACCAACGCACCAACUGUGUUCAGACCGUCUCUUUCUACUACGCCGUCUCCAUCACUGGCUUCAUCACGGACUUGAUGAUUCUUGUCUCCCCCAUCUACCUCAUUCUUAAGCUUCACCUUCCGUGGGGCAAGCGUAUUGCCGUCGCCUGUAUCCUGCAGCUUGGUAUCCUUGUCUGUGCGGCUGGUAUUGCCCGCUUUGUUACCUUUGUCCAGGUUGGUCAAGGCUUCAUUGCCAACAUUAACGACCUCACCUACUUUACCACCCCGGUAUUUGCAUGGACCAUGAUUGAGAGUUCUCUCGCCGUCGUUGGAGCCAACCUUCCCCUCCUCCGCCCCGUGCUUCUCCAGGGCCACGAAUCGUGGCAAAUUAUUCUUACCAGACUCUCUGGUGGAACCACCAGACGCUCCAACAACAGCAACAACAGCCACGGCAGCAACAUUGCGCCUCUGGGAAUCUCGCCGUCAUAUCCUGCUGUGGCCCACGUGCGCGGCAGCCAAGCCGACUCUUUGGAAAUGGAUUUGCGCAGCUCCCGCAGUGAAUCCCACAAGAACCUCAAAAUCGAGCGAUCUCGUGACGGCUGGUAAAAAGCAGCCUGGCCUUAACCUCUCUUGCAUUUUUGCUUUAUUGCUCUUGGGUGGCGUUUCGUGACCGGUACAUGGGCAUGAUUUUGGAUUUGAAUUACGCAAUUUGACGACCUUUGGACGGACCUGUCUGUACAUACAUACGGAUAUAGAUACCAUGCAUAAUGAACAUAGCCUUAUUUUUAC